GCGCAUGCGUAUAAGAGAUCUCUUCGUGAGGAUAUGCCUUUCUUGGUCGCAGUUGAUAUUUAACUUCCGUAUAUUUACAUUUUACUAUAAAUUGUAUGUUGCUCAAUAGAAUUGCAAAUUUCAGCCUCGUUGGAAGUUUAAACAAACAAGGAGGACCAUUCACUUUCUAAGUUACGGCCUCCCCAAUACGCUCACGUAUACUACCCACGGAGGGAAAGUUGUGUAUCUCUUGGGAAAUACGCCAAUCUACAGCUACAUGCAAAUAAGUACGGGUCACCUCACUAUGGUUAGGUAGCACGUUGGUCUUUGAGAUAUUCAGAUAUACAGGUUUCUGCUGCUGUGCGAAGUUCCCACAAACGCCAAGGAGAAUCAAGGAGAAUGAACGCCGAUUCAGUUGUUAUCGUUUCUGCGGCAAGGACCCCCAUUGGGUCCUUCAACGGUGUCCUGUCAAGCGUACCUCUAUCCGACUUGGGUGCUGCUGUGAUCAGGGAGGUCCUGCAACGAGCCUCGGUGAAACCCGAUGACGUGUCCGAGGUCGUCAUGGGACACGUUCUGACUGCAGGCCAGGGCCAGAACCCAGCACGCCAGGCCGGUGUGGGGGCGGGCAUCCCAUAUGCCGUUCCUGCCUGGAGCUGCCAGAUGGUGUGUGGUUCGGGCCUCAAGGCCGUGUGGCUGGGAGCCCAGGCGAUUCUCACUGGGGAGGCGACGGUGGUGGUGGCUGGGGGCAUGGAGAACAUGAGCAGGGCCCCGCACUUAGUCCACAUGCGAGCUGGAGUGAAAAUGGGUGACGCUAACCUGCAGGACUCCAUCGUCUCAGAUGGGCUGACCGACGCGUUCCACAGCUGCCACAUGGGGAUCACAGCGGAGAAUGUGGCCAAGCAGUGGGCUGUGAGCCGUGACGAUCAGGACAAGUUCGCAGUCUCCUCCCAGAAUCGAACAGAGGCCGCCCAGAUAGCCGGGUAUUUUGACCAGGAAAUCGUACCGGUAACCGUUCCAUCCAGAAAAGGACCGGUUGAGGUGAAAAUAGACGAAUUUCCCCGACAUGGCAGCAACCUAGACGCCAUGUCCAAACUGAAGCCAUACUUUGUGAAGGAUGGAACGGGGACUGUGACAGCUGGAAAUGCAUCAGGGAUCAAUGAUGGAGCUGCUGCCACGGUUCUCAUGUCUCUUUCUGAGGCCAACCGUAGGGGAUUGAAGCCAAUGGCUAAGAUCAUGUCCUGGGCUCAGGUGGGCCUAGACCCAGCGAUUAUGGGUACUGGUCCCAUCGCUGCCAUUAGGAAGGCGGUCGAGAAGGCUGGAUGGCAGCUGGAUCAGGUGGACCUGUUUGAGAUCAACGAAGCCUUUGCAGCACAGUCGGUUGCUGUAGUCCGGGAGCUUGGCUUAAGCCAGGACAAGGUGAACAUCAGUGGUGGUGCCAUCUCACUGGGCCACCCCCUGGGCAUGUCGGGGUGCCGCAUCCUGGUGACGCUCCUGCACGCUCUACAAAGGACUGGUGGCCGGAGGGGUGUGGCCGCACUCUGUGUGGGAGGGGGGAUGGGCGUGGCCAUGUGUGUGGAGAGAGCCUGAAGAUACCCCGUUUCACUGCUAGACGGUUUAAGACAUUCCGCCAGUCAUUCGGUAUUACAGUACAGUUACUGAGUUAGUCUUCCAUAAAGUGCCAAAAAAACACACACAUACCUUAUUACAGAAAGUUGUGGAAUAUAUAGGGAGUCUGAACAGUCUAAUGUAAAAUCAGUGUGAAAACUGGAAUUGUUUACAGUAUAUCAAGCCUGUGAUGUAGUUACAGCAACAGUUACUAGCUGGACAAAUAGGGUUCAGUUAAUACGAUGAGAAAUCACUAACUGCGUGUAAGAAUGGUCAGGAAUAAUUUGUUAUAUAUAUAUUCACACACACACACACACACACACACACAAACAAAUGCUUUUACUGUAUUGCUCUGUACACCAUUAGCAAUAAAAUGUCAUGGACCAUAUGGUGAGUGCUGUGAUGUUCAGAUGGACACUUACCAAUGUGGGCAGGUUAAAUUUCCAGCUGCUUGUAGUACAAACCGCAUUGAAUCAGACUGUCAGUCUGUUUACCUCUAAGAAAAUGUCUGUAUACAGCAUAAGAUGUCCUUUGGCUGUAUUGUAUACCUGAUCUAAAAAAAAUGUAAGAAAUCUAACACACACACCACACAACGAAUACCGUCACGUAUUAAAUUUUAGACGCUGCUCAAUGGUGAGUUGUGCUAUUUUUAGAACAGGUCCACGGGCGACUCGUGGUCCUUGGGGGCAACCUGGUGCCCACAGGCACCAUACUGGUGACCCCUGGUCUAAAAACGAAGAUUUCCGCGAUAUUGCGACUCAGCAACCCACCGUGCUGCAAACAAGCGGAGGGAGAUUGAGAACGUGUCCAACGGCAACCCUUGGGUGUGGUACAGUCGAACCUCGUCACUACGUACCCCGGAUACAACGUUUUCAACGUGCAGGUUUCUAAUUCCCGUUUUUAGCCAAUGUAUUAUUCCAAUAGCAGCCAUUGUUUACAGCAUACACCCUUACAGCGUAAACUUCGAUACAACAGCCAAAUUUCUAGAGAAAAUACGAAAACUAACCAUCGUUACAACGUGCAGCGCUCUCCCCGCCCACCACAACUUGUGUUGCUACAUCUACUUGUAUCUACCGGAUCUUCGCCCGACAAUGCACAUUUGUCUAUUGCGUUGUAACUUCCCGCGUUAAAUGAGUUGCCUUGACCGAUCGUUAUCGGACUGCGUAGUAAUGGCUUGUUAAGCGUUGUGUGCGUAUUCUUUGUUUAUUAAACCUUGUGAAAUACCGGUCAUGCUGGUAAUUGUGAAUUCAGAAUAAUAAUGGAAGUAAAGGAUUUAAUUUGACCAAUAUUUCAUUAAUAUUUUCAGGCCAAAUGCCAAUUCGGAUGCGAAUGUUUAUUUUAAAAAUCCGUUGUGUAUUUUUGUUGCCGUUUAUUGCCGGCCGGAACUAAGUAAUCGUGAGUAAUUUAAGGAAAAUAUCAAGGAUCCAAAUGAGCUUUGUCGAAUUAUUUAACAGGUAAUAAUGUGUUUUUUGUUUUGUAGUCAAUUUAAGGGUCUGUUCUAUUAAAGUUUUAUCAUUUACAUGGA